AUGAAAUAUGCACCUCAGUAUGCACCAAAACCAGCAUAUUAUCCAACGUACAAACCUAAGACGACAUACCCAACUAAGUACGCACCAAAACCAGCAUAUAAUCCAACGUACAAACCCAAGACGACAUACCCAACUAAGUACGCACCAAAACAAGCAUAUUAUCCAACGUACAAACCCAAGACGACAUACCCAACUAAGUACGCACCAAAACCAGCAUAUUAUCCAACGUACAAACCUAAGAAGACAUACUCACCUAAAUACGCACCAAAACCAGCGUAUUAUCCAACGUACCAACCUAAGGCUAAAUACGAAUCUCAGUACGCACCAAAACCAGCGUAUUAUCCAGAGUACAAACCUAAGAUGAAAUAUGCGCCUAAGAAAAACAUCUUAAAACUCAACCAUGCCAAAACUUCAACGGCAAUUUUGAAACAUUCAAGCGAACAGACCAAAUUACACGCAUCAAAAGAUUAUGCACCAUCCACAUAUGAUAAAUAUAACCCUAAGGCAAAAUAUGUAAACUUGCACCAUGUCAAAACAAAGACGGCAGUAUUAAACCACGCAAGCGAACUAACAAAUUUGAAAGCAUCAAAAUCUUACAAUCCAUCUAAGAAUGCAUAUGCACCUUCAUAUGGACAUGAAGACUCAUAUAAACCUUCUUAUGACACAAAGGGAAAAUAUGUAAAAUUGCACCAUGUUAAAACAAAGACACAGGUAUUGAAUCAUGCCAGCGAACUAACAAAUUUGAAGGCAUCAAAAUCUUACAAUCCAUCUAAGAAUGCAUAUGCACCGUCAUAUGGCCAUGACGACUCAUAUAAACCUUCUUAUGACACAAAGGGAAAAUAUGUAAAAUUGCACCAUGUUAAAACAAAGACACAGGUAUUGAAUCAUGCCAGCGAACUAACAAAUUUGAAAGCAUCAAAAUCUUACAAUCCAUCUAAGAACGCAUAUGCACCUUCAUAUGGCCAUGACGACUCAUAUAAACCUUCUUAUGACACAAAGGGAAAAUAUGUUAAAUUGCACCAUGUUAAAACAAAGACACAGGUUUUAAAUCAUGCCAGCGAACUAACAAAUUUGAAAGCAUCAAAAUCUUACAAUCCAUCUAAGAACGCAUAUGCACCUUCAUAUGGACAUGAAGACUCAUAUAAACCUUCUUAUGACACAAAGGCAAAAUAUGUAAAAUUGCACCAUGUUAAAACAAAGACACAGGUAUUAAAUCAUGCCAGCGAACUAACAAAUUUGAAAGCAUCAAAAUCUUACAACCCAUCUAAGAACGCAUAUGCACCUUCAUAUGGCCAUGACGACUCAUAUAAACCUUCUUAUGACACAAAGGGAAAAUAUGUAAAAUUGCACCAUGUUAAAACAAAGACACAGGUAUUGAAUCAUGCCAGCGAACUAACAAAUUUGAAAGCAUCAAAAUCCUACAAUCCAUCUAAGAAUGCAUAUGCACCUUUAUAUGGCCAUGUCGACUCAUAUAAACCUGCUUAUGGCACAAAGGGAAAAUAUUUAAACUUGCACCACGUUAAAACAAAGACCGCGGAAUUGAAUCAUGCCAGCGAACUAACAAAUUUGAAAGCAUCAAAAUCGUAUGCACCAUCACAAAAGGCAUAUGCACCAACAUAUUACGCCCCAAAACCGUAUGCACCACAAUACAACCUACAAGGUUUAGGAUCGACAAUGGAGGGACUAAAAGUAUAUCUAUGUCUCCUGUGUUUCUGUGUCUGGGAAAUCAUCGGUGCUAGUGCUACAUCCAACAACCCAGGACAAUACAAUCCAGGAAAUAACUACAACCCGCCAAAAUAUGGACCAACGUAUCAACCUAAGAUGAAAUAUGCACCUCAGUAUGCACCUAAACCAGCAUAUUAUCCAACGUACAAACCCAAGACGACAUACCCAACUAAGUACGCACCAAAACCAGCAUAUUAUCCAACGUACAAACCCAUGACGACAUACCCAACUAAGUACGCACCAAAACCAGCAUAUUAUCCAACGUACAAACCCAAGACGACAUACCCAACUAAGUAUGCACCAAAACCAGCAUAUUAUCCAACGUACAAACCUAAGACGACAUACCCAUCUAAGUACGCACCAAAGCCAGCAUACUAUCCAACGUACAAACCCAAGACGACAUACCCAUCUAAAUACGCACCAAAACCAGCAUAUUAUCCAACGUACAAACCUAAGAAGACAUACUCAUCUGAAUACGCACCAAAACCAGCGUAUUAUCCAACGUACAAACCUAAGGUUAAAUACGCACCUAAGAAAAACAUCUUAAAACUCAAUCAUGCCAAAACUUCAACGGCAAUUUUGAAACAUUCCAGCGAACAAACCAAAUUACACGCAUCAAAAGAUUAUGCACCAUCCUUAUAUGAUGACUCGUAUACAAGUAAAUCUAACCCUAAGGAAAAAUAUGUAAACUUGCACCAUGUUAAAACAAAGACGGCAGUAUUAAACCACGCAAGCGAAUUAACAAAUUUGAAAGCAUCAAAAUCUUACAAUCCAUCUAAGAAUGCAUAUGCACCUUCAUAUGGCCAAGACGACUCAUAUAACCCUACUUAUGACACAAAGGGAAAAUAUGUAAAAUUACACCAUGUUAAAACAAAGACACAGUUAUUGAAUCAUGCCAGCGAACUAACAAAUUUGAAAGCAUCAAAAUCCUACAACCCAUCUAAGAAUGCAUAUGCACCUUCAUAUGGCCAAGACGACUCAUAUAACCCUACUUAUGACACAAAGGGAAAAUAUGUAAAAUUACACCAUGUUAAAACAAAGACACAGUUAUUGAAUCAUGCCAGCGAACUAACAAAUUUGAAAGCAUCAAAAUCCUACAACCCAUCUAAGAAUGCAUAUGCACCUUUAUAUGGCCAUGACGACUCAUAUAGUCCUACUUAUAACACAAAGGGAAAAUAUGUAAAAUUGCACCAUGUUAAAACAAAGACACAGGUAUUGAAUCAUGCCAGCGAGCUAACAAAUUUGAAAGCAUCAAAAUCUUACAAUCCAUCCAAGAACGCAUAUGCACCUUCAUAUGGCCAUGACGAUUCAUAUAUUCCUACUUAUGGCACAAAGGGAAAAUUUGUAAACUUGCACCACGUUAAAACAAAGACCGCGGUAUUGAAUCAUGCCAGCGAACUAACAAAUUUGAAAGCAUCAAAAUCUUACAAUCCAUCUAAAAAAGCAUAUGCACCUUCAUAUGGCCAUGACGACUCAUAUAACCCUACUUAUGGCACAAAGGGAAAAUAUGUUAACUUGCACCACGUUAAAACAAAGACCGCGGUAUUGAAACAUGCCAGCGAACUAGCAAAUUUGAAAGCAUCAAAAUCGUAUGCACCAUCAAAAAAGGCAUAUCCACCAACAUAUUACGCCUCAAAACCGUAUGCACCACAAUACAACGCUAAAUACCAACCAAACACCUACAACAAAUACCAGUGA